AUGGCUCCCCAAUCACCCGCGCUAUUGCGUCGCCAGUCUCAUCUUCGCCUAGACAUCAUCAUUGUUGGUGCUGGACUCGGUGGUCUAGCGGCAGCAAUCUCAACUGCACAAUCUGGCCACAAAGUCACUGUAUUUGAAGCAGCAAAAGAGUUGGCUGAGGUCGGCGCUGGACUUCAACUGACGCCAAAUUGUACCAAAAUCCUCCAAGAAUAUGGUCUCAGCGACGCCUUCUGGUCUUCUGGCGCAGAACCUGCCUCAUUGACUGUCCAUCGAUACACAGGCUCGAUACUCGCACACGACGAGGUUUUUUCAACCAGAAUUCGUCAACGAUACGGCGCCCCAUUUCUAGACGUGCAUCGAUGCGAUCUGCAACAAGCGUUGUAUGAACGCGCAAAACAAUUGGGUGUCGAUUUCAGGUUUGGAUCACGAAUCGUCGAGAUGGAGUUUGAGCAUGCUCGUCCUGUUAUUUUAACAGAGCAGGGAUCUCGUUUCGACGCGGACCUCAUAGUUGCUGCUGACGGUCUGUGGUCGCGCUGUCGGUCACAAUUUCUUGGUCGUGUUGAUCCUCCCAAACCCACUGGCGAUUUAGCAUAUCGCAUCAUCUUAGAUCUCGAUCAGAUUCAAGACCCGAGGCUGCAGCGAUGGGUAUCCGAACCAACUUGCCAUUUUUGGAUCGGACCAGGCGCACAUGUUGUGGGAUAUUCCCUACGAGGCGGGAACAUGUACAACAUUGUCCUCCUUGUACCCGACGAUCUUCCUGCUGGCGUCAGCCGUCAGCGCGGGUCUGUUGAGGAAAUGAAGGCCCUCUUUAACGGGUGGGACCCCAUUCUGACACACUUUUUGGAGCUGGUCGAUCAUGUGGAUAAGUGGAAAUUAAUGCACAGAGAUGAGAUGACAUCAUGGUUCAACGACAAGUUCAAUCUUGUUUUCAUAGGUGACGCAUGCCACCCGAUGCUUCCAUACUUGGCUCAAGGAGCAAACUCGGCCAUCGAAGAUGGGACUGUGUUGGGUCUACUACUCGGACUUAUCCAAUCUAAAGAGCAUUUGCACCCUGCACUAGAAUUAUAUCAGAACCUGCGAAAGACUCGAGGCGAAUUAAUAGUGCGAGAAACGUUCAAACAGCGAGAGGCAUUUCAUAUGCAUGACGGGCCAGACCAAGAAGCUCGAGAUGCGUUGUUUCUCUCACAACUUGGUAAAGAUCUCAAAGCACCCUUUCCAAGUCGUUGGACGUGCCCUGAAGUACAGCCAUGGUUAUAUGGGUACGAUGCUUACAAAGAAGUCGAGCAUGCAGUAAAGAACAAUCCGUUUCCUUCUCCUUGA